AUGAGGCCGUCUUCGUCUUUCGGAUGGAUCCAUCUCAUAGUAGUUCUUUACCUUUGUGAACCUGUUCUCUCUGUCGGUUUUGCUGAGGAACUAUACUGUGGCUUAGAAAAUUGCUACGAUGUGUUGGAGAUAAAUCGAGAUGAGUUUGACAAAGCCAAGUUGUCGAAAAUCUACCGCUCUCUAGCAAAAAAGUUCCAUCCAGAUAGAGUGAAAGAUCAGGAUGAUCAAACACGCUCCGAUUAUGAUUACUAUUUGGAUCAUCCGGAAGAGAGAUUCUACAACUACUAUCAGUAUUAUCGACGGCGGGUGGUUCCCAAAGUGGACGUACGACUAGUCAUUUUAGGAACAAUUUUAUCCAUUUCACUGUUCCAGUACUUUAGUGCGAAACAAAAAUACUCAGAAGCUAUUUCCUAUGCUGUUACUGUCGGAAAGUUUCGUAAUAUGGCCAUCAAUGCUGGAGUAGAAAGAGGGGUACUCGAAGUAGAUAGUAAAGGAAAAUUGAAAAAGAUUAAAGGACAAAACAAUGAAGAUGUUAUAAGAAGUAUCAUAGAAGAAAAUAUGGACGUCAGGGGUGGCUACAAAAAGGAGUCCGUGUACGACACUCUAGCAUGGCAUUGUAUAGCAUUUCCAUACGUGGUAUUUGUUUAUCUGUGUUGGUACGCAAAAUGGGUACUCAAGUACUGGAUAAAACGGGAAGAGUAUGAUGAAGAAGCAAAAUUACAUCUUAUAAGGAAAAAUCUUGGCAUGAGUCAAAACCAAUUCAAUUGCAUGACUGAUGAUGAGCACGAGGACAUGCUGGCACGUGAGCUUUGGAUACAAGAAAAUUUCAAAAAGUGGAAGGCUGAAAGGGACGCUGAAGAGCAAGAGAGGCUCGUUCAAAGUGGAAGAUACAAACGCUAUAAACGAUUUAUGAAAAACAACGCUGGAACUAUAUCGUUUCUUGAUGAGGACUGA